AUGCCGCCAUCUGUGUCACAUGUGCCUGCUGCAUUUAGGCCUGAAACAGAGACGCAACAGACCUUGCAGAGGAGGCAGGUCCAGAUGGAGAAGAUUAGGAUGAUGACAGAGCAGAAGGGCAUGAAUGAAGGCGAUGCAUCUGACAGAGAGCGCGAGGAGCAACGGAGACGGCAGCCCGCUUCCGAUCGGGAGGCCAUGGAAAAGGAGCACAAGAAGCGCUUGAAGGAGGGGAAAAAGGGCCGCGAAGACGAAGAUCGGCGGCGCAAGGACGCAGAGAAGGAGCGCCGCAAGCAGGAAAAGAGGCGGGCUAAGGACGGCAAGGAGCGCGGGCGGGACCGGGUGAGGGCCCGUGACGGCGACGAUUCCAGCGACCGAGAACUGGGGAGGGAGAAACGUGGGCGAGAGCGCGACUAUGACCGCAAGGAUGUUGAUUCUGAAGACAAGGCCCACAAUGAGAGGGAUUUCUCAGAUUCUCCCUUGGAAGCGUCCCCAAAUGGAAGGUACGACGAGCGCGAAGUGCCAAAGAGGAGGCCAACAGAUGGGAGGUUGGGCCCUCCUGAGCAAAUGGUCCUUGACACUGACGUUGAGGCCCCAAGGCUGCACAAAGCUCAUGGUAGAGUUGUGCUGGCUGGGGCCUUGAGGCAACAAGCCCAGAAUGAUGAGGAAUAUGAGGAGUGGCAGCAGGAUCCCCACAAAACGGGCAGGGAGGGUGAUGAGGCCAUGUAUGUGGCGGAAGACUACCAUGAAGGGGGGUACUGGGUGGAACGACCCAGAAUCCUUCGUAGGGUUCCUGUAGCUGCCCCUGGGGAGUAUUACGAGGUAGACGGGGCCCCUCAGGGUUACGUGACCCACGUGAGAGGCUACCCUGCUGAGGUUGUUGAUGAAAGAGUUGGUGAGGGAGAGAUGUACUACCCCGAGGAGCGACUGAGGCCUGUGGCAAGGCUAGCCCCAAGGGGGAGGAUCCCGCCAAGGGGCAGAACGAUCGUCCGAGGUGGUCCACAACUGCGCCUGCAUGGCGAGCCAGGGUACGGGCGGGCUGUGUACAGGGCACCUAUCCCUGGACAUUAUGCCAGGGGGGGGAUUCCCAGAGCGGUGGGAGGCGUUAACAGGGAUGGGCUGCAGCCAGAUGAAGGUGAGCACCAGCGCAUCGUGAGAAUGGGCGCCCCAAUGAGGUACGUAAGGGGUGCAGGUGUGAGAAUUGAUCGAGGCCGUGGUAGGACGGGUGUUGUUGGGGUCGGUGGCCACAGGCCGAUGCCUCGCAGGUUUGACAGCUUGGGGCUGGACAUGAACGCCCCUGGGUACUACCGAAAGGGGGAGGCAGCACCAGAGAGAUACAAUCCCGAAGAAGAUGAGCCAGAGGAGUUACGGAGGGGGUCGGCUGGCAAGAGGUGGGAGAAAAUCAGGCAAGAAGAUGAAGUGAUGGAAGAGGUGGAGAAGGGACAUGCAGACCAGUCAGGUGUGGCUCUGAGUCACCAGGGUGGUGCUGUAGGACUGCCUGCUGUGCAGGUGAGGGGGGAGAGAUACCAACAUAUGGCUGGGGAGGAAAUCCACCCUGUGGAAGGGGAGCCAAAUGAAGAUAUGGAAUUUGAGAUGACAAAAAGCCCAUCACCCCAGGGUGGUUCGAUUAUGGAAACUCCGCCAUCGCGCAAGCGCCGGCCUUCUCAAUAUCGCUCAGAGUGUCCCUCUCCUUCAUCUGACUACUAUGAGAAGGUCUUGGCAUCACGCAAAAGAUUGUUGCCUGGGUUGUUGUACACGGUGCUGAGCUUGGCCGUUUGCGCACUGGACCCAUUGUUUAUGCUGGCACCGCAUCUGGUCAGGUUGUUCUUUACUAUGGGUAUAUGCAUAAGCUGGCCUCAACAGCGCAGCAGCAUUUAUGAACAAAAGAAUGAGCAAACGGUGGGAAGGAAUGUGCAAAACGCGAGGGGAGACAGACUUUACAGUGUUGGACAACGCGAAGUGACUGCUGCAUGA